CCAGUGUUUCGGUCUUUUGACCCUCAUGGACAAGCUAGAAACAUGGCACUGAUGCAGCGACGCAGAGCGCUACGGUAUAGAGUAGUUGACAAGCAACAGCAUCAACUGUUCACGAGCUCAACGCACUGCUCGGUCUUUUCGACGCACAGGAAUACACUGAUCCCACGCCGGAUCUACUAUAUCCUCAAACAAGAAGCACAGGACCUGCGUCAUGCUUGACCGUUGCUGUACCGAACAGCCGAGGCUGAAUAUUGACUACCAGAGUAUAAAAGCAUCAGUUCGUGGUAUCGCUUGAACCCAGCUUUGAGCACAUCUAUACCAUGUCUGCUAUUCGAACUGUUGGUGUCGUCGGAACUGGAGUCAUUGGAGCUUCGUGGACCGGACUUUUUCUCGCUAAUGGUCUACGCGUUGUUGUCUCUGAUCCGGCAUCAGGCUCCGAGAAGAAGCUCAACAAGUAUCUUCAGAAUAUCUGGCCAGACUUGAAAAAGAUCGGCCUGAAAUCUGGCGCAUCACUUGAUAACUACCAAUUCGUCGGCACCAGUCUCAAGGACCAUUACUCCAAAGUAGACUUCAUUCAAGAGAAUGCGCCAGAGAAGAUUGAAAUCAAAACGAGUCUGCUGGCCGAGAUUGAUGCAGCAACACGUCCUGACAUCGUAAUCGCUUCUUCGUCCUCCGGCCUCCCAAGUUCAAAGUUCAUCGGGAAAUGCACAAACAAUCCUGGUAGAAUCCUUAUCGGACAUCCCUUCAAUCCACCUCAUCUGAUGCCUUUGGUCGAGAUUGUCCCAAAUCCGAAGACCGAGAAAUCAAGCGUUGAAACAGCAGUCCAAUUCUACAAGUCUCUGAACAAAAGACCUGUGGUCUUGCAUCAAGAAGUGCCUGGUUUUGCUGCCAAUCGGUUGCAGGCAGCACUGUGCAGUGAAGCCUACUCUUUGGUAAGCAGAGGCAUAAUUUCAGCGGAAGAUCUUGAUGCUUGCGUCACCAACAGCCUCGGCCCCCGGUGGGCACUGACAGGUCCCCUGCUCGCGAACGCCAUGGGAGGCGGCGGUGGCACUGAUGGUUUCAGGCAUCUGUUAGAACAUCUGGGUCCCGCUACUGAGGUGUGGCUCAAGGACAUGCAGGAUCAUGCCUUUGAAUUCAACAAGGAGAGUUUGGACGCUCUUAGUACAAGUGUUGGCGAAGAGUUGAAAGGCAAGGAUGUUCAAUUCCUUGAAGCGGAACGUGAUAGGCUUUUGGUCGAGAUCUUGAGACUUGAAAAGUGAAUCUAAAUGAAUACAUGUAUAUCGACUAGAUUUGAGACAGGAGUCUACAGAGCCAUUUCUCCUCCC